AUGGGAAAAGGGGAAGAACACUCAUCUUUGCAAACACCAUCUCGUUCAAAUUCUCCAACCGCGGAUAUACCAUCAAGUAACCGGUACUUUGUAGAUUACACUAGUGCUGGUUACUACGGACCACUUCCUGGCUGGCCAAUGCCUUUUCCGCCAUAUCCAGAUGGCGGCCAAUAUCCAACAAACAUUCAAGUGAAUGCUGAUUACCCGACUCCUCCUCUCAUGACUACAAGCUCCGCUAUGAGUGGAGGAGAUGAUACAGAGGAAGCACCUCUAUGUAGAGAAACUGAUAUUCCAUGUACCUCUGGAAUAGUUGAAGAAAGCAAAGAAGAUAGACCAAAUUUACAAGAAACUGAGGAAGGCAUUGUUGGGACACCGCAGUUAGAGGAUGAAGUUGGUGGUGAUAUGAUUGAAGAGCCAAAGUCGGGAAUGGAGUUUAAUUCUUUUGAAGAAUUAAUGGAUUAUUAUAAGCAAUAUGCUAAGAAAUCAGGGUUUGGGGUAAUGAUAAGAAGGACUGAUAAAGGGGAUGAUGGGACUGUCCGAUAUGCCACCCUUGGUUGUGCCCGUGGUGGGAAGGCCCGAAAUAGGACAUUGAAUGUCGCUAGACCACGUCCAACAGGAAAGACAGAGUGUAAGGCAAAGGUUAAUGCCUUAAAAGUUGAUGGAAAGUUCCGGUUGACAACAGUGAAUAAUCUCCAUAACCAUGGCCUUAGCCCAAAUAAAUCUCGCUUCUUCCGAUGUAAUAGAGAAGUGAGUGACUCUGUAAAAAGAGUCCUAGAUAUAAAUGAUAUGGCUGGGAUCCGAAUGAAUAAGAGUUUCGGAUCUCUCGUCGUUGGCGCUGGUGGAUUCGAGAACCUUCCAUUUUUAGAAAAUGAUUGUCGUAAUUAUAUCGACAAGGCAAGACAUCUAAGGCUUGGGAAAGGUGGUGCUGAAGCUCUUCGAGAGUAUUUUUGUAGGAUGCAGUACAAAAAUCCUGGUUUCUUUGCACUGAUUGAUUUGGAUGAUGACGGGAGGUUAAGGAAUGUCUUCUGGGCAGACCCCCGUAGUAGGGCAGCCUACCAAUAUUUCGGGGAUGUGUGUAUGGAUGGUAUCGCUCCGAAAGCUAUUAUCACCGAUCAAGACAGAGCGAUGAAAAAUGCAAUUGCUAUUGUCUUUCCUGAAAGCCGACAUCGACUUUGUUUGUGGCAUAUUCUGAAAAAAGUUCCCGAGAAGUUGUCCUCUUAUGCUUCCUACAAAAGUGGGAUGAAGAAUGCAUUGAUGAAAUGUGUGUAUGAUACACAAACUGUUGAUGAGUUUGAGAAAUGUUGGGAUCAUUUUAUCACCUCUUACAAGUUGCAUGAGAAUGCCUGGCUUUCAAGUUUAUACACUGAGCGUAAGUAUUGGGUGCCAGCAUUCUUGAAGGACUGUUUCUGGGCUGGGAUGAGUACAACGCAACGCAGCGAGAGCAUGAAUGCUUUUUUCGAUGGCUAUGUUCAUGCAAAAACAAACUUGAAAGAAUUUGUCGAUCAGUUUGAUAGUGCGUUGAAAAAAAAAGUUGAGAGUGAAAAUAACGCGGACUUCCAUUCAUUUAGCGUUACCAUUCCUUGCAUAUCUAGAUCUCCUAUCGAAAAGAGAUUUCAAGAACUGUACACUAAUGCUAAAUUUAGGGAAGUUCAGAUGCAACUUACUGGCAUUAUCGAUUUGGAUCCAGAGUUACUUAAGAGGGAUGGUGCAGUAAAGACCUAUCUGGUAGAGGAUGAAGUUCGGGUUGAAAAGUUCACUAAGUCUGUUACGUUUUAUGUGGACUUUAGUGAGGAAAAUGCAGAUGCUAAGUGUUCGUGUGGUUUAUUUCAGAUGAGGGGUAUAUUGUGCAGGCACAUUCUCGCUGGGAUCAACGGCCAGAUGCUUCCAGAUAUUCAAGUCUAUUAA